AUGGCGGGAAAAAUGGUGCUGUACAAGUUGGUGGUCCUAGGCGACGGUGGCGUGGGGAAGACCGCUUUGACGAUCCAGCUCUGCCUGCAACACUUUGUCGAAACCUACGACCCCACGAUUGAGGAUUCCUACCGCAAGCAAGUCGUCAUUGACGGGCAAGCAUGCAUGCUCGAAGUCCUCGACACCGCCGGCCAAGAAGAGUACACAGCCCUUCGGGAUCAAUGGAUUCGAGACGGAGAAGGCUUCGUCCUCGUCUACAGCAUCUCAUCACGGUCGUCCUUUUCACGCAUUAAGCGGUUUCACCAUCAGAUCCAGCGAGUCAAGGAAUCAUGUGCAUCCUCACCGUCAUACCCGGGCUCCCCAAUUUCGGCAGCUAGCCCGCAAGCCCCCGUGCCCAUCAUGCUCGUCGGCAACAAGAGCGACAGAGUUACCGAGAGGGAAGUGUCAACACAAGAAGGCCACGCCCUGGCCCGCGAGCUCGGCUGCGAGUUCGUCGAGGCGUCGGCCAAGAACUGCAUCAAUGUCGAGAAGGCUUUUUACGACGUUGUCAGAAUACUUCGGAGGCAGCGCCAGGCAGCCUCGCGGCCCCAACCGGGCGGACGGAGCAGCACCCGGCCGACCAACGGCGACGCCGGUGCGAGGUACGACGACAAGGAGGGCGGCGAUCGUUAUCGUCGCAAAGUGGGCAGACGGGAAGGCAAGAGUAAAUGCGUCGUCUUGUGA